AUGACAAAGCGUGGAGUUCGUGUCGUUUACAGGAGGUCCAGAAAAGACGAGACAGGGCGGGCUUUAAAGCGGUUGAACGGCAAUCAGCUAGAAAAGCUAUCACGCGAAAUAUUUCUUGAAUUGUCUGCCUUAGAAGAAUUGGACUUGUCCUACAAUCAGUUGCAGCUUUUGCCUCGAGGGCUACUUAGCAACAACACCAACCUGACAGAACUGAAUUUGUCAAACAACAAAAUUCAGCGUCUACCCAUGGAUGUUUUUGGCAACCUCACUAAGAUGAAAAGGCUCUUUCUCUCCAGUAACAAACUUCAGCGCUUGCCAAGGUUAAAAAAUCUCUCCAAGUUAGAAAUAUUGUACAUGUAUAACAACAGCCUCGCAGCCCUGUCACCUGAUCAGUUCCAAGGCCUGUCCAAACUGGAAGAACUGGCUGUUUAUGAAAACAAUAUCGACUACCUGCCGCGUGAAGUUUUUAAAGGCAUGAAAAACAUGAUUUCUAUGAGCUUUUAUUUUAACAAUAUCCGUGCCGUUACCAAUGAACAAUUCAAAGAUGUCGCUCCAACUAUUCGGUUCCUGUACUUCCACUACAACGAAUUGCGAGAACUACCAGAGGGUUUCUUUUCAAACAUGAAUAAUCUAAUCACUGCGACUGUAGACACCAACCUGAUGUGUUGCCAUUUGACGAAGGAGGACGCAGAUUGCGACUUUGCUUAUGUCGACAGCUUCGCCAGUUGUGAAACUUUGUUCAGAAAUCGAGCUCCUAGGGAGUGCCUCUGGGUGAUUGGAAUUAUGUCGUUGGUUGGUGCUGUGUUUGUCAUUGUGUGGCGGUUGGUGUUUAGGGAGACGAAGAAGAAAAACAAGAUACAGUCCAUCAUGUUGAUACAUUUGGCUGGGUCUGAUGGACUUAUGGGUGUCUACCUCAUAACUAUAGGUGUGGUGGAUGCCAUUUGGGCCGGGGAGUAUUAUUUGCAUGACUAUUACUGGCGUUCAAGUUUGACAUGUCAGAUAACAGGUGCCAUUGCCGUGUUGUCAAGUGAGGUGUCUGUAAUGACAAUUUGUUUGCUCUCCGCCGACCGGAUGAAGAAUGUUCUGUUCCCCUCUCGUGGAAAGUCCCUUUCACUUAAGGUUACGCACCUUUUGUGCUUCCUUAUCUGGAUUGUUGGUGGCAUAAUUGCCUUUAUUCCCACGGUGGGCUUUGACUACUUCGGUAGUCGCCAGAAAGGUCAUCACUUUUAUGGCAGAUUAGUUGUAUGUCUGCCAUUGCAGCUUUCUACUGAUAAGUCGUCGGGCUGGGAGUACUCUGUUGCCAUGUUUGUUGGUUUAAACUUUACCCUUGUGCUCUUUGUUGUUGUGGCAUAUGCGAUGAUAAUCUAUAAGUCUUGCGCAUCAAACAGGCUCAUGGCUAAGCAAGGGAGCAAAAGAGAGAGGAGAAUGAAAGCCAAGUCAAGGGUAGCCGAUCUAAGGAGAGAGGCCUCGCUCGCCAAAGGAGUGUUCUUCAUUGUUCUUACCGACUGUGUCAGCUGGCUGCCUAUUGUGGCGAUUGGAAUGAGGUCUCUCUUGGAAAAAUCCUUCCGUACACCUGGUGACCUCGCAGUUUGGAUCGCAGUCUUUGUUCUGCCAGUUAACUCUGCCAUUAAUCCCAUUCUCUACACCUUGUCUACCCCACAGGUCCGAGGAGUCAUCAGAGCCAAACUCCAACCAUUGUGGGAUUAUCUGGUGGCAAAACUCGGCCGAAAUCAAGAUGUUGAGGUUCAAGAUCAGGGAAUAGAGAUGAGAGUUAUCGAAGAAGUUCAAAACCAAGAGGAAGUGGGGAGCGCUGACGAUAGUGAGGAUGAGUCGCAAGAAGAACAAGGAGAUGGUGAGCACCAUGCAGGAUCAGGCGAAGAGAAUGAACAACCUCCUGAAUCCCAGCAAGUUGAACGUGAACAAGACGAAGAACCAAAACAAGGAAAAGAAGAAGCCACUGAACUGCAGCGAGUUGAACGUGAACAAGACGAAGAACCAAAACAAAGCCAAGAAGAAGCGACUGAACAGCAGGAAGUUCAACGUGAACAAGACGAAGAAGAACCCAUUGAACAGCAGCACGUUGAAUCUAAAGGAAACGAGGCACCAAAAGAUAACCAUGAAGAACCCACUAAAAAGCAGGAAUUUGAACAAGAUCAUCAAGCAGAUUCAAAGGGAAACAAAGAAGUAAGUGAAACGCAACGAGAAAAAGAGGAACUAGAUGACGACGAUGAAAAACCUGAGCGAAAGCUAAAAGGAGACGACCAGGGAUCCAAACAACAGGGCACUCAAGAAGAAGAAGAAGAAGAAAAAGAACCGAAUGUCGACCAUGCAGAACCUGAUGAGCUAAAGGAUGUGAGUAAACAGAAGAAAAAGUCGAAAAGAAAUGAAAAAGAAAGAGAACAGCAACAAGAUGAGCAGGAGCAAGAAGAACACCCUGAAGAAACCGAAAAGCAGCAAGUUGAUUGUGAUCAAGAAGGACGAGAACAAGACCAUAAGGAUCCUAAACUGGAGCAAAUUGGACAAGAAAAACCAAAAGGAGACGAUGAAGAUCUUAAGAAAGUCGAAGUGGAUUAUGAACAGCCAAAAGAAAACCAUGAAGAACCUAUGAAAGACCAACUGCAGCUAGGAAAACCAAAAGGAGAGAGUCAGGAACCUAAAAAAGAGCAACUGGAAACAGAUAAACCAAAAGGAGAGCAUGAAAAACCCAACCAAAAGCAACUUGAAGACGAGAAGUCAAAAGGAGCUUGUAGGGACUCCCAAAAGCAGGUUGAUGAUUCAACGGAAGAUAAAUCUUCACGAAAACAGCAGCUGAUUAUGGACGAAGGACAAUACGAAGAAGAUGAUGCGGUGCUGGAUACACGUCUGUGAUUGCUAGCAUUGACUCAUCAAGUCCUUUUUAGUUCUAGUUAUCGUUUUAGUAACAGAAAGGUUAUAUACCGCUAUAUCAUGAAAAUGAUGCAUUUACUUAACCAAGAGCAUUAGAGAAUAACUCAUAUAAAGUAUUACAGUGACUAGUGCGAGCCCGCAAUGUUUGUUUUCAUUUUUUGAUCAUCUCAGUUGUCGUAGAUGAAAUUGCAAAAUACUCUU